CACACCUAAGCAAUUCUGCCAACCAUUUCAAGCCAACUCAACCGAACAGUUAGAAGUUAGACACUUGCUACCAUGCCUAACCCUCGUCAACGCAAGAACAACAAGAACGGCGGGUCCGGUGGGAAACCGAACGCAAACGGGCUCCGUCGACUGCAUACCAAGAUGAACAAGGCGCCUACGAUGAAAGGUCCCUUGGCUUUGCAACAGGGGUGGGACAAGAAGAAGACUGUCAGGCAAAACUACGAAGCCCUCGGACUUUUAACCUCCAUCCCCCUGGACCAAAGUUCCAACUCGACCUCGAAACAGUCCAUCAAAGAGGCCGAAGAGAACCUGAUCAGCGGGUACGGGAGGAUCGUGCGUGAUGCCAAGGGGAACGUCGUCGAUGUCAUCCUGCCCGAAGACGACAACGAGGAGGAGGUUGGGAAAGAGGGAGAGACGGUUGGGGAGGAUAGUGAUGAGGAGGAGAAGGAGGUUGCGCCUGUUCCUGCCAAGACCGAGGUCGUAAAAACCCUGGAAGUCCUCUCAUCAACCGCCACCCCCGUUAAACGCCACACCUCGACCUCGGAAAAAGAAUGGCUUACCCAGCUCGUCGUCAAGUAUGGGGACGACCGAGCAGCGAUGGCGAGGGAUCCUAAAUUGAACGUCUGGCAGAAGACGAGCGGGGAAAUCGGGAGGAUGAUCAAGAAGGCUGGGGGUGCUGAAAAGCUAAAACAACGGGCGGCCCGGGAAGGCGGGUCCAUGGACCUCGCUUGAUCACCCCUUCGAUUCCAUUAUAUCUCUCGUUUGCUUUUCCCAGUCGUCCUGUAAAAUUGGACCGCCUCGGUGUUUGAUCAAACUGGCCAGGCGUGUAUGAUCUACUAGAGUGUAACAACAUCAUGUACGAAUAGGCGGGACACGGCGGGCGAGAAUAAUUUCGUCACCGUCGUUGUAUACUAUCUAUCAUCACGAGCUAUCGGACAUGCGUCGAUAGGAAAAGGGUGGUUGGCAGCGUCCGAGGCGUCAUCCGCACGAGCUUAGAGAGCUUUUGCGGGAACUUCC